AUGAUAUCCAAGCUGCUGACCUGUGUUUCUCCCAUGAAUAGAUUCAAGGCUGUUUGGCUAAUCUUCCUUGUCCUGGGUCUGGGAACACUGUUACCCUGGAACUUCUUCAUGACAGCGAUUGGGUACUUCAAGUACCAGUUGCGGAAUGUGGAAGUUGGCACAGACCACCUGCAAGCCAAUGGGACGUACAGAGGAAAUGAGACAGCAGCCCUCCAGGAUAACUACCUUCAGGGAAAGUUUGGCAAUGUGAUGACUCUGUGCGCAAUGUUGCCAAUGCUGAUAUUCAGCUGCCUGAAUUCUGUCCUCCUGGAACGGAUCCCAGAGGUGGUUCGGAUCAGUGGAUGCCUCAGUGCUAUAUUCAUCCUCUUCCUCCUCACAUCUGUCCUGGUGAAAGUCUCUCUGGAACCCCACAUCUUCUUCAGCAUCACCAUGCUGACAAUUGCCCUCAUCAACAGUUUUGGAGCCAUUCUUCAGGGCAGUAUCUUCGGGUUGGCUGGGUUACUGCCCACUGCCUACACCACCCCGAUCAUGAGCGGCCAGGGAAUGGCAGGAACGUUCGCAGCAUUGGCCAUGAUCUGCGCGAUCGCAAGUGGCUCUUCCCAGAAUGAAAGUGCUUUUGGGUAUUUCAACACAGCCUGUGUGGUCAUCUUGAUUGCUAUCCUCACAUAUCUCGCACUCCCCCAUUUGGAGUUCUCUCGAUAUUACUUUAAUAAAGGGAAAAAUGAAUGGAAGAAGGACAACGAGCAAGAGAAGAUCUGCAAGAUCAACCUCAUCAUACAAGAUCAGGCCAGUGUUGGUGAAAGGAGAGCCUCUACACAUUUAAUGGAAAACACUAGCAUAGAGACAAACAAGAGUCCCUCAAUCUUCUCCAUCCUGAGAAAGAUCUGGCCCAUGGCAUUGCAGGUGUGCCUGGUGUUUAGUGUCACCAUUGGAGUAUUCCCAGCAGUAACUGUCGAUGCAAAGUCAACCAUUUCUGCUGAUGGAAAGUGGGGUAUUUAUUUCAUCCCGAUUUGCUGCUUCUUGUUAUUCAAUGUGUUUGAUUGGCUGGGCCGCAGUCUGACUGCCAUCUGCAUGUGGCCUCGGAAUGACAGUAAAUUCCUACCAGCCUUCGUGAUUGCUCGGGUAAUCUUCAUCCCUCUCUUCAUGCUGUGUAACGUGCAUCCUCGCCGACUGCCUGUAGUCUUCACCCAUGAUGCCUGGUAUAUUGUCUUCAUGGCCAUCUUUGCCUUCUCCAAUGGCUAUCUGGCCAGCCUCUGCAUGUGCUACGGACCUAAGAAAGUGAUUGCAAAAGAGGCAGAAACAGCUGGAGCCAUCAUGUCCUUCUUUCUGUCCCUUGGCCUGGCGACUGGAGCCUGUCUGUCAUUCUUGUUCCGUGGACUGGUCUGAUGGUGGGAUACCCCUGGAGUUCUGGGUCAGAGCUGUGGAAAGCCAAGUUCUCCGCUAUCACAUCCUGUUGUUUACCGCGUGAUUCAUUAUAUCAGUUCUCAUCAGCUGCCUUCCCAUUGAGUGUGUCUGUAUUUCUCACCAUCCCUCCCUCAUACUUCACUAACUGCCCACCCUUCUCACCAGCCUCCCUCCUUCUCCACCACCCAUUCUCCACCAACCUACCCCUCUCACUUCUCCCCUCUUCACUGCCGCUCACCUCUCUCUCCUUCACUCCCGCCCACCACCUGAGAUCUGCCCGACUCCCUUCUCUGCUCCAUACCCCUUCUCCCCACACAUACCCGGCCCACACCAGCUCAUGGAUGUGACCAGCAGCCUGAAGGGUUAUGAGGGGAAAGGGGUGGGUGGUGAAGGAAGCAGCUCUGGAUAGUACUGAUCACUGGGGACAUCCCAGAGCAAGCUGCAAGCUAACCUCUCUGGGGGCUGGCUGGGGGUGGAGGGAGGAUAUCAGGCCUCCUAUUGGAUGUGAUGGCCGGCCUCAGUACCAGCCUUACACAGGCCCAAUGCCCGCUCAAGGGCUAAGCCCAGUCACUGGAUUUUCUUUUCUACUUUCAUGGGAUGUGAGUGUCACUGGCAAGGCCAGCAUUUGUUGUCCAUUCCUAAUUGCCCUUGAGAAGGUACAAGAUGAAGGGAAAGGUCUUUGCAAGGCAGUGUCAUAGGGGUGUUCUUCUCCCCCGACCCUCGUGCCACCCCUCCUACUCUCCCACCUGCUCUCAGAUGAGUACCCCAACUUCGGAUCAGUCCUAUUACCUGGGCACUGCCCAAAGCACAAGCCCCAGCAAACACUCCCAUCCGCCAGCAACAUUUAAGAACCAGGGUGGGUGGUGUUGUGUGGGCUCCCAAAGUGGACUAACAUCAAUUAAUCCCUCUACAAGGAAAAAGAUGUGGGCAGGGGAGUGGUGAACUCUGACAGUAUUAAACAAUAGUAUAAGCCAACAUGUAUCAAAAUGUAUGGGUCCCAGGCUAUGUAGACAAGCCUGCCAGAGGACAGAAUCUCAGCAAUAACUCUUUCAAAUAGUUUUAAUAGGCUGUGUAUAUUUUUAUGUAUGUAAAAAUACAGCAUGCAAUCUAAUCCUU